AUGGCGGCGACGCGGAGGCUGCGCUUGGAGCAGCUUCAGCGGCUUUGUGACGACGGCAAGCGCGCGGAACUGCACUCUGCUAUCGCGACGUACUCGACGAAGGAACUGCGAACGUUAUGUGGCGGUUUUGGCGUCCCUGCGCAGAGUAAGGAGUACGCUGCGUACCAGUCAAAGGCAGGGUAUUCUGAGCUGCUGAUCAAGCUACUAGAGGCGAGGGCUGCACGUACAGGGCUCACGGAAUUUGUGCCAAUUAACGCAACACCAUCGGGACGCACUCGAAAGACUAAAAACUGUACGCUUCGACUAAUUAAUGUGAUCUUCUCGACUGAAAUGGGGCCUUUUCUGGCGGACCUAAUGGAUGACGUAUCGAGGAGGAAGAGGACGGUGGACGGCGCCAAUCCGUUGUGGGAAAAAGUCAGGACAGAGUUCUUGAGCUCUAAAGCUGAAUAUGCCAGGAUACGUUAUCCUGACGAUCCAGUAUUUGCCGACUUUAACCUGGGGUUGCCAGUUGCGCAUUCAGGCGAGAAGCUGCAUAAGAUGUGGGCUAAGCUGGGUCUAGCGUAUACAAGUGUAUACACACAGUUUAGUCUGGAAAGAAUGUCUCCCAAGGACUGGUCUGUGUGUGCGGGACGAACCGAUGUAUACUACUUAAGACGCUGGCUGAAUGACAAGCCUGAGUUGCUCUCAACUGUCUGUAAACCCCCAAGAGAGACGGACGUUGGCGAUGAAGGUGAAAGGGUGAUGAAGUCUAUCAAGCUGGCGUAUGACGUACUGGCGGUGAUGCCUGCGGCUGACCGCGGCUCGGAGAUUGAACAAACCGUUCGACGCAGAUUGAAUCGGUGUGCGAAGCGGUUAAAAACGCUCGAAGAUGAACACGAUAAACGAUGA